AUGGAUUCAGGCGCCGAAAUCGUCAACGUCCUGGGCGGCACGAGCGACUAUCAGGAGUUUUGGGCGUACUGUUGCUUUAACCAAGCUCCCAUCUCCGCAACCAAGACGUCGCUCGAAUCGAUUGCUGGCACCGCGACACAGUUCAGCCAGUACAAUCUAGACCAGAGAUUUAGCAUGGUCUGCCUUUGUGACGUGGACGCGUAUUCCAUUGAACGUGAUCCUUUGUUCUUUGGCAAGCCGGAGCUGGUCUUGAACUACAUCGAGAUGUAUGUGCAAAAGUUUGGUCUGCAGGAACAAGCCAACGAGGCGCUUCAGAUCGCCAUGCUUUGGCCUAGCCUGCUAGUCGCCGGUGCGACUAUUUCGUUGCCCAAACCACUCCAUACCGCCGACUGGCUUGGUGCCGAGGUGGAGCGUACAUCAACUGAGACUGGGUACGGCCAACUCACCGCGUGUGGGCCAUUCAUGGCACUGGCUUCGACGCUCGCUAGUGCAUGGGCAAUGCAGUCGCAGAUGUAUGACUUUGUGACGCUGCUCGCGGCCGGACGUAGCACGUGGGCGCUUUCGGCUAACACGGUUGCGUCCGCAACGGCCUGGCUCUCCGCCAACCUUGCGGCGCCAGGACUCGGGUGGGAAUUUCUGUUCAACUCACAGUUCAGUACAUCGGCCUCGUUUUUGUAUCUUACUGGCUUGUCAGUCGAUGUCGUGCGAUGGGACACGCUACUACAGCCCUUCACGUGGAAAGAAAGCCACUUCCCCGCUCACCUACGACUUUUACAGCCAUACUGGGUGGAGUCUUCCGUCUGUUGCUGUCUGCCGUGGGAAUCAGAGUGGCUUCCGAAGGUGAGUGUGAGCGGCGCCUUUGCGACAGCAAACCCGUCCACCAUCAUGCGACUGCUUCGUCUCGGCUUGCUCGACACAUCCGCGGAAGGUCUCGAACGAUCAGCUACCAGCCACGGCAUUUUCCCAAUCUUGGAGCGGCCCGGGGAUGAGACCAUUGCUAUCAGUCCAGAGAGUACGAUGAUGCUCUAUGUCCUUUUGCAGCAUGGUGUAAGAGUACAAGCACGCUUUGCCAGUUCCGCAGUUACGCCAGCGGUGGAACUUUUCGCGCGCGGCGAUCCUCUCGACGCAGAUGCUACAAGGAAAAGCUGGUCUCUCGGCGCUGCAGCGAAGACGAAGGCAUCAGGCAAAGGCUCACGCGGGAGGGUGACCAUCGCGGGCUAA